UCUCUCUAUUUAUAUAUCAGAAAAGGCAACAAGGGCAAAAGUAUCAAGCUUUCCCCUCAGGGUGUGGCUUUGUUUCUCAACUUGCCUCUGUUCUUGGUUUUUAUGGUCACUCCCCUCUGCUCAAAACCCAUUUCCAGGUUCAGAUUGAGAGAGAUAGAACGAGGAGGAGGAGGAGGAGAAAUGUAUACAGAAACUGGGUUGGUUUUCCGAUACAUGCAGAGUUUUUCUCCUGAAAUCCAGCAGUUUGAUGAACUCUGCAGAUCCCACAAGCUCUCUGAUCCGAUGAGUGACUUGGCUCAGGCAUCGGACAUAUCUGAGUACGAUCUUGGACUAGAAGGCGACCUGUUCAAAGCCCCGGAACCGAUCAUCGAGGAACCGGUCUUAGCCGUUGAUCCUCUGUCCGAAGCCUUGACGAUGAUCUCUUGCGGGGAGGACGUUAUAACUUCACAAGGGCUUGAACUCGCCGAUCUCGGGUCGUUACAGAGCGAGCAACAGCUUCUGGACAAUGCCUUCUACGAAUGCGAACAAGACCUUAUGAUGAAAUCCGCCAUGGAUUCUCCACUCUCGGAGGUUUUGGACAUCAAGAAUAUCUCCGUGGUGGCGAAAAUCGAUGGCAACCAAAACGAGGGUUUGAACAGUAAUGCGGUUACCGAUUCACCGAUACAGAAGAGCGUCAGUUCGGGUAAUCUGCGUUCUAUGGAAAUGACACAGCACGAGGCUGUGAUGAUUCAGAACCUCCACGAUUUUCCUCCAUUGGAUUUCGGAGCUGUUUACGGGAUGAGAAGAGCCUUCAGCGAAGGCGACAUACAGGCACUCGGGAAUCUGAACACGGGUUUUGUCCAGUCUCCAUUGGACCGGAUUAUCGUUAGUUGCACAUCUGAAGACCGUCGGGAGAAGCUUUCGAGAUACAGGAACAAGAAGAGCAGGAGGAAUUUCGGGCGCAAGAUCAAGUACGCUUGCAGGAAGGCUCUGGCGGAUAGCCAGCCAAGAAUCCGAGGAAGAUUUGCGAAAACAGCCGAGGAGAAGCAAUAGAGAUCAUCAAGAAUAUCUGAACAGAAAGGUGGAACCUUAGUUAGAUGCAACGGGAAGAACAGAUGACAGGAGUGAAGAACAGUUGCAGGGGCGGAAGUGAAAAAAGGAGGAAUAAGAACUGAAUCCGACCAGUUUCUGGUGGUUAGAGCUUAAGUGUUUUUCUGUGUUUACAUUAGGGGUGUAAUAAUAGCCUUGUGUUGUAAGCUGGCCUUUGUUCUUUUUCUCUUUAGAUAUGGGUUUGUUUAAAUAAAAGACAGAGAGUAGGAACA